UUGGGAAAAGUAUUAGUUUAAUAAGUUAUUUUUUUCAUUAAUCUAAGAAAAUGUUACAUAACACUGGAUAGUUCUUAAUUACACAGUUAAAUAUGGUUUAAUAAAAACGGUUUUAUCCGGAUUGUGACAUUUCAGUUGUAACUUUCGUCGCGACACAUCGGAAAUAUUUUUUGUGCCCACCUUCGAAAUAAGUACUAACGAAUAACCCCUCAAAAAUAAGACCCAAGACAUGAUAACUAAAUCAUAAAUACAUAUUUCGUUAAAGAUUAGGCAGUCUUGCAAUUAAUUUCGUAGUUUGUUAUGGAGAUUUGCCCAAACAUUAUUUGCAUCUCUUUACUAUAUCACGGCAAAUGCGAGUGAUGCCAUCACGCUACACAAACCCAAACCACGAAAUUGGCAUAUACAGAACCCCAUUGUAAAAUACGCAUUAGUCCGGUUUCAUGUAAUGAGAUUAUCAGCGAACCGUACACGCGCACGACGUAGUCGCAGUUCGCCGCCGACCCGCGCACGCAGCGCCGAUCCACCGCGCAAAUCAAAAAAACAAUAUGCUCGAUAUUCACAUGUACCCCAAAUUUAAAAAAGGUUGCCAUUAUAGGCGUGGACUGGCGAUCUAAGUGAACGUUUAUAUGACAGAUAUUUAAAAAAAUAGCGUGACGGUUAUAUUUAGAAAUAUUUUAACGCUUUUUUGCUGUGAUUUUCAUAGAUAUUAAUAGUAUUGUGAGUGGUUUGGAUGCGUAAAGAUACUUUGAUACGUAAAACAGGGCGCAGGUCUAAUUUAAAAUAUCCAAAAUAGUUUCUUUAGUUUAGUGAAAAUUUGUUUUUGACCGGACCAAGCAUCCAAAUAUAAUAAGUGAUUUGGACUAUGCUAUAGAAACUUAUUCUUAAAGUGGUUACCAAAAAUGGCGGUUGCCUCGGCGAUGCUGAAGGGGUUAGGCAAUAUGAUCACUGGGGGUGAGCGGGAGAGGGCGCCCCCGGCCGAUAUGCCUUCCUCUGUGGAUAUCCAGUUCACGAACCUCACACUGACAGUAACUGAAGGGUUCCGGAAGAGAAGAACGAAGACCAUUCUGAAGAACAUCUCCGGCCUGUUCCGUUCUGGGCAGCUGACGGCCAUCAUGGGGCCCUCCGGCGCCGGCAAGUCGUCUCUGAUGAACGCGCUCACUGGCUUCUCUAUGGAAGGCGUGACGGGAACGAUCCGGGCGGGCAACAAUAUCUGCCAGUUGGGUACCCACCAACGGUCACUGCGAGCAUUGAAGCACUAUAGAAGCAAGUCCGCGUAUAUCCUUCAGGAUGACCGUAUCAGCCCGCUGUUCACGGUCGAGGAGCUGAUGAAGUUUGCAGCCGACAUGAAACUGGGCAACAUGACCGAUAAACUGAAGCUGACUGUGAUAAGUGAAGUGCUGGAGGACCUGGGUUUGUCUGGCACGGAGAAGACGCGGUGCGGUAACCUGUCAGGCGGGCAGCGGAAGCGGCUGUCCAUCGCGCUUGAACUUCUGGAUAACCCACCAGUACUGUUCCUAGAUGAGCCCACCACCGGGCUGGACAGCGUGACGUCAGCUCAGUGUAUAGAAAUGCUUAAGAAUUUGGCACGCUCUGGCCGGACGGUCGUAUGCACCAUACACCAGCCUACUGCCUCAGUCUACUCGCUUUUUGAUCAGGUAUACAUAUUGGCAGACGGUAUGUGCGUAUACCACGGCGCGAGCGAAAACACAGUGCCGUACCUCGCCGGUGUUGGUCUCCAGUGCCCAAAAUACCACAACCCCGCCGACUACAUGUUAGAAAUAGCGACCGGCGAAUACGGUAGCUUCAACGAGUUAUUAGCAGUAGAAUGCAACAAGAUGGACUGGACGCGCGCGCCGACGCCGACGCCGAGCAAAGCCGAUCAGCUGUGCAAGACCGCCGUCUCCGCCGCGGUCACACCCCCGCCCGAAUGGUACAGAUUGGGCGUACUGUUCAGACGGUGUUUUAUACAACAAUAUAGAGACUGGACGGUGACCCACCUAAAAGUCCUGUUACACAUCGUGGUUGGCGUGUUGCUGGGCUUACUCUUCGAUGGGUCGGGGAACGACGGCGCCAAGACUUUCUCAAACCUUGGCUACCUGAUGAUAUCCAUCGUUUACCUGAUGUACACGUCGCUUAUGCCCGGGAUAUUGAAGUUUCCGGCAGAGUUGUCCAUCAUAAAAAAGGAAACAUUCAACAAUUGGUACCAGCUGAAGACUUAUUACGUCGCGCUGCUGGUCACCGGCGUCCCCAUUCAGAUCUGGUACUCGUUUGUGUACUCAGCGCCAUCAUACUUCCUAACGGAGCAGCCUCAGGAUCUAUCGCGGUUCGCCAUGUUCGUGUUGGUGCUCUCUCUUAUCACGCUACUAGCUGAUGCGCUUGGCAAUCUGAUUGGGACCUUUCUCAACCCUAUCAACGGCACAUUCUGCGGCGCCAUCUACUCAUGCAUGAUGCUGGUGCUGGCCGGCUACCUGGUGCUGCUGUCGCACAUGUCCUGGUUCAUGAGGUUGCUGUCAAACAUGUCGUUCAUACGCUACGCGUUCGAGGCCAUCAUCCUGUGUAUCUACUCGUUUAACCGGCCGGCGCUACCUUGUCCUGAGUAUCAAGAUUACUGCCAUAUGAAGCACCCAAAGGAAGUCAUCAAGCAGUUCAGCUACAAGCCAGACAACUUCUGGGUGGACAUCGCCUUGCUGUUCCUGACUACGGUGUUCUUCAGAGUGGUGGCUUAUUUCACUCUACGUCGAAGUGUCAAGCGAUCCGGUUAACAAUUAUAGCAUAUAUUCUUAAGAGCUGGCGCGAGAUUUGUACUGAACUGACCACAUUUUUAUAGAAAAUCCGCGCCGGACUUAGUGAAUCGACUUAUAAUACAACAUACAGAAAUGUGACUGAAUAUCUUAUUCGAAUAUCAAAGUAAGUGAUGAAACAGUUCAGCUACAAUAAGGACAAGUUUUGGGUGGAUACUGCUCCUAACUACUGUUCUCUUCCUGAAACCCAGACGCAGUUAUUUUGAUAUUGAAUUUGGAACCUUUUGUUAAACAAUGAAAGUUCAGAAUAGAUUGUGGAAUAUGUACAAAAGAUUAUACCGGGGGAUUUUACUACGUCGGGAGUGUCAAACGAUCUGUGUAAUACCUACUAAAUACAGGCUUAUAAUGUAAAUCACUUGGAUGAUUCGUCUAUCGGAUCUCUUUUGCUCUUGAUAAUCCUAGUGAAAGGAAAUAGUUGAAACUUUGAAAGAAAUUGGCUUUCCUCUUUUCCAUGAAUUACAUAUUAAGUGUCUCUUCAUUAUAUUGUUAGACUAGAUUUAUCAUGAUUCCUAGAUAUAGCCAUGGUUAAAACGGCUUCAACGUAUUACAGGUUUUUGUUAAAGUCGGAUUUUCUCGUUCGAAUUUCGUGACAAAUCUAAAUCUAAGUCAAGUAAACAUUUUUGAGAUUCUACGACUUUGACUAACGGCCUGAUUCGAACUUGAAGAUACUAAAGAUACGAUAUGGAUUGACGUUUUUAUUUGAAGAAACGUCAAUUUUGACACUGACAUAUCUAAUCCAUAUCGUAUCUUUAGCAAAGGUUUGACGUGUCUUAAAGUUCGAAUCGGGUCGUAAAAACUGCAAAACGAAAUAAAUAUAGGUAGGUACUUAAUUAAGAACGGCAAUGUACCGAAUGCCAAUAACAAUGAUCCUAAUUAGGUAGACAAUUUAGAUUUCUAAGUAUAACUAUGUUUUGAAGACUUUAAUAAGUACUUAAAUAUAAUGGAAUUAGCGUCUACGUAAACCUCUUUAAAAACUUUUUGGUUAAGGCUCCGUCACACUGACGCGGAAGCGUUCCGGAGCUGUCGCGGAGCGGGGCGCUAGUAAGGACAUGUCACAUUGAGCGCGGUCGGCGGAUUGAAAGCGUUUUGAACGCGGAUCCGCAUUGCAACCGCGUUGUAAGCUAUCUACGGCUACUAACCUCAAUUUAUGAACCGUAUUUCUGUAAUAUUUUUGUCUUAAAUUAUAUAGACAUGAGUAUUGUCUAACACACUCAAUCAGUUUCUUUGUAACAUCCGUCAUUGCAAACAAUAUUGUUAUAGCGGAGCGGUAGAUAUAGCUCCACCAGACAAUAGUUCUGCGUAAUCAGACAUAAACAACCUUUAAGGAUUUAGAAUAAAAUUAAAAAUGUAACAAUUACUGCCUUGGGUGAGACUUGAACUCACAGCCUCUGGAUCGAUACUCCAGCGCUCUGCCAUCUGAGCUGAAGCUGGCGCUGGAGUAUCGAUCCAGAGGCCGUGAGUUCAAGUCUCACCCAAGACAGUAAUUUUUCCAUUUUUAAAUUUAUUCUAAGCUUAAUAGCAUCGUUCUCAGACGUGUCUGCUUAUUGAUAAUUAACCUUUAACCUUUUCAACGCCAAAGACCACUAAAACGGUCAUCGUCUGUGGUGCCCGCGACGCCAAUGACCAUUAAAAAGGCUACGGCGGACGUUGUCAAAGCGACUUUCCUACUGUCAGUUAAGCUUCAUAUUCGCUCUUCACCUGUUAACUUUUUGGCGUCCAUGGCAUUUCUUGACACGUGUGGAAAAGCGUUGAAAAGGUUAAGGAUGACACACGCUAGGACGGCCCGGCCCGGUCUGACACAUCCGACAUGUCGUUUUCUAUGAAGGGUGAUUGGCACGUGAAGACUGACUGAAUGGGUUUGACAGAAAACUAAGUGUCGGACGCCUUGGCAUGAACCGUUUGAACGCUUGGACCGUUUUUAACCCCCGGCGCAAAGAGGACUAUUGUGCGCGUGUCUGUGGCAUCGUAGCUCUCCAACGGAUGGAUCGAUUUCGAUGCGGUUUUUUACGUGAAAUCGAGUAUUCUUGGGGUGGCUCUUAGCUGUUGAUAGAAAUCGAUCCAGAAGCAUGAAGAGUAUCGGCUCUUUGCAAAAAUAUAGUAAGGCAAUUUUGGCAAAAAAUAGAUUUUUUGGCAUAUAGCAGGUGGUUUAAAAAUUUUUAUUGAAUAGCUAUUGCGUGAGUCAAAUUUUAUGGUUGUUUUGUGUGGUGAGGCAAUUUUAAGUUUAUAAUAUAAAUACAGGUAUUUAAUUUUAGAGUUAAGAUAGUUAAGUUUGAUGGGACUGUGAUCAUUGUAGUAUAUAUAAGACAGUAAAAAUUUUCUUUUUAAAUAUAUUGAAGUAAUACCAAAUGUUUAUUAGGUAAUAUUUUAGGCCCCUGUUUAUUAUGCCUGUUUAUUAAGAAAAUAUGUAAUAAGUAGAUGUGAUAUUUAAAUAUUUGAUUGGUUAUUGUGUGAACCGGUCAUAAAUAUGUGUAUCAUUGUUUAACCUAAUGUAAUUUAAAAAAUUGGAGAAAAUGUAUUUAUAUAUGUAGCUAUGAUCGUUAAUAUACCUGCCAUCCUAAAAAUUAUAUUUUUGUACUUAUAUUUUGUACUUACACAUACCUAUUUACAGUCGGCAUCGAACAGAUAGUCAGACCAUGAUAAGUUAGCAGCGAUUUUGAUAGUCCAGUCUGUGCUGUUGUAAACGUCGUAAUCAUAGAAGUUUGACGUUUAAAAUAACACUUGAACUGUCUAGGCUGUCAUAAUCGCUGCUAACUUACUCUGGUCGCAUCUAAAGUGGGCAUAAACGCAACGUAUUACGAAGACAGAGGGCCUAGGCAAGAUGCCAAUCGUUUGGCAGUUUGAUAACGAUAAUGUCUCUAAACUGAAAUAAAUAUGACAUUUAUUUCAGUUUAUAAUUUAUAUAGGGUGCGUGCAUGAACUGUAAGGCAGCACAGGAGCCGUCAGAUUUUUGGCGCGAGGCGUAAAUGUGAUGUUUAUUGUUCCGAUGUACUCCACAAGAUGGCAGAACCUACUAUGCAGAAGAAAACACGUGACGUGUAAAUGAACAUGUUUAUGGUUCCGAUUCAGGCCACAAGAUGGCAGAUCCUCCAAUGCGUACGGUCCCUAUAGUAGUGUUUCUACUUCAAAUAUAAACAAAUUAAAAUAUUUUCUGAAAAUAAUUUAAUUUGUUCUAAUACUUCUAAUAGUAUUGAUAAUGUCUCUAUCACUCUUCCAUAUAAGUGCGACAGAGUGGUAUUAGCGUUUCGUUCUCUACGACGCAAACGUUUGAUAUCUUGACUAGGCCCCCACCCACCCCCCAGUUGUAUUUGGCUACUCACUUUCUAUACAUAUGAUGGUGACUGAACCGAAACGACAUGCAGUGGAUGCUGAUAUUCGCCAUAUUUAAUUUCAAACAUGUAAUAAAAUUGUUGACGAAGAGAAGACAUUGAAAAUACUUAAUAUAAAAUGGUAUUUUUGUAAAUAAAUAAAUUGAUACGAGCAUUUUUAAAA